AUGCCUCCUCUGUUCCUUCUGACUGUACUCUUUACCUUCUUCCUGCUACUCGGCAUGAGCUUCGCGAAUGUAGAGGCCUGUGGAGUUGCUCAUGUCACCGUCACCGAGCUCAUCGUCACAGAGCUCAUCCAUAAUCCAACUGAAGCCACCAGCCUGCACGUUGAGCCCACCAAUACGUUGGCGAUUCCGCUCAAUGAAAAUGGAGAUCCAGCCGGCCACUGUACUGUUCAUGGCAUUUCUCACCAAUGUGGCCAUACUGCUGACUUGGGCCACUAUCCAAAUUCUACUACCACCCAAAUGAUGCCAAUGACUGGAGUCGCGUCUUCGGCUUCGGAGUCUGAGGCCUCUGGUUCAAAAGUUGGUAGCCACUUGACCACGUUUAUCACUCACGAGGUAUCUGCUCCGAUAAAUGUGGGUCAUGGCACAUCUUCGACUUCGACUUCGACUUCCUCGGCUUCGGGUGUGGGCAGCCCCUUGACUACUUUUGUCACUCACCAAAGGUCUGCUUCGACCAAGGUGGGCCAUUCUAUUUCUUCGAUUUCGACUUCUUCGGCUACUCAUGUUGGAACAUCCGUCUCAUCCUCCGUUCCCGGUGAGACACAGGCAUCGGCAAGCUCAGCUCCAUCCUCGAGAACGAAGACUUCAGCUACUGCCGAACCAUAUGUGUCUGCACCUGCAGGAUACCCGUACGGAGGCAGCUACUCCGACAAAGUCCUGUACACGCACAACGUACAUCGAGCGAAUCACAGCGUGCCUAACCUGGGCUGGAAUCAAAGCCUGGCGAAUGCCGCACAUGCAUGGGCAAUUACAUGCCAGUUCCGACACAAUACUGCCAUGCUCCCGGGCGGAUAUGGACAGAACCUAGCCGGCAGUGCCCCCACAGCCAGUGUCGCACAACACAUUUCCGAAUUCUGGUACAAUGACGAGCUCAGGAGCUUUGAUCCUUACUAUGGACAAGGGACUCCUGGUGGAGAUUUCUCGACAUAUGGUCACUUCACGCAGGUUGUUUGGAAGGAUACUACAAAAGUGGGAUGUGCUACAGUUGACUGCCGGGGCUCUGCUCUUGGAAUGUGGUAUACUGUUUGCAACUAUUUUCCCCCUGGCAACGUCCUUGGCAGGUUUGAUCGCAGUGUGAUGCGCCCUAAUGGGUGGCAGACUAACUCUGAUGGAACAUCGGAUCUCAUUAAAGCCAACUACUGGUACUGA